AUGGCCACCCACUACCACGAACCUCAGCCACUCCAACGCAAAUCCUUCGACUCGGAUGUGUACGUUCGAUCUCAGCCUAGGUCAUAUCAGGCUGACCUUGACGUUGAAAGGCUGAACGUCGGUCCUCGAAACUCCAGUCGGCUGAAGACGAGCAGGUCAGGCGCUACGUUGAAGACUAUGAACUUCAGCGAUAUGCGUACCAGCGCUACGGCAGACGCCAGCAACGACAUAAGCGACGGAAAGAAGGGUUCGUUGGGAUUGAAAAGGAAAAUGUCGACCUUCUUUAGCCGGCGGAGGGACCUAACACAGGUGGUAGAGGGGGAUGGUGUACCGGGAUGCGUGUCGAUGCCUAGCCAUCCAAAGAAGAAGGUGGGAGAGGGAGAUGAUGUACCGGGAUGCAUGCCGAUGGCCAGCCUUUCGAAGAAGAAGUCCUUGGCAUUCUCAACAAAAGCUCCAGCAAAGGAACCCAGAACUACGGACGAACAUCAGUCGCAUUUCCGCAGGCUUCGAACGCAGUCGGCCUCGUCCAAGGCUACACUUACAGUCUUGAUCAAUUCAACAACGGCCACGACGUCUAUCGAUAGCAGCAUUACUGACGAAUCUGAUCCCGUCGCUACCCCUCAGACUACCCGUGCGAUGUCACCUCCCUCACUUCCCUCUCCCGGAUUCUCGAAAGAUAACUCCGAGCUCUGGUACACUAGCUUGAUGCAGCACUUUGACCAACACAAACGCGAAGUUCGCCGUUCUCGGUCGUUUUCUGGUUUCAGAAACACCGUAUCUUCGUGGGAUCUGGAGGAUAUGAUUCCGGAUGGGAGGUUCCCGUGGCAGCCUGGGUUUGGAUUGGGGGAAGGUGAGGAGGAUUAUGGUGUUACGGAGAGUAAUACUUUUGUGUCGUUUGAAGAGGAUGCGGAGAGUGUGUAUAGGGCAUGCGAGGAGAUGGGUGGGACUGGUAUCGCUUUUUGA